CAGGCGACGGCACAGGAAAGGAGGCCGCGGCGCGCCCAGCCCGGCCCCCUCCCCAGCCCGCCCCCGGGGCCGCUGGCGGUGUCCGCGCCUCCGCGCCCGCCCCUGAUUUCCUCCGGGCGGCGGCGGCGGCGGCGGCGGCGGCGGCGCCUCGUGCGCGCGGUUAUUUAUUUCCGGGCCCCAGAGCGCUUAUAAUGGAGCCGCUGUCAGCAGAACCUUCUGCCGCCGCCGCCGCCGUCCCUCCUCUUUUUUUUCCCGGCAGAUCUUUGUUGUGUGGGAGGGCAGCAGGGAUGGACUUGAGCUUGCGGAUCCCCUGCUAGAGCAGCCGCGCUCGGAGAAGGCGCCGCAGCCGCGAGGAGGAGCCGCCGCCGCCGCGCCCGAGGCCCCGCCGCCCGCGGCCUCUGUCGGCCCGCGCCCCGCUCGCCCCGUCGCCCCGUCGCCCCUCGCCUCCCCGCAGAGUCCCCUCGCGGCAGCAGAUGUGUGUGGGGUCAGCCCACGGCGGGGACUAUGGUGAAAUUCCCGGCGCUCACGCACUACUGGCCCCUGAUCCGGUUCUUGGUGCCCCUGGGCAUCACCAACAUAGCCAUCGACUUCGGGGAGCAGGCCUUGAACCGGGGCAUUGCUGCUGUCAAGGAGGAUGCAGUCGAGAUGCUGGCCAGCUACGGGCUGGCGUACUCCCUCAUGAAGUUCUUCACGGGUCCCAUGAGUGACUUCAAAAAUGUGGGCCUGGUGUUUGUGAACAGCAAGAGAGACAGGACCAAAGCCGUCCUGUGUAUGGUGGUGGCAGGGGCCAUCGCUGCCGUCUUUCACACACUGAUAGCUUACAGUGAUUUAGGAUACUACAUUAUCAAUAAACUGCACCAUGUGGACGAGUCGGUGGGGAGCAAGACGAGAAGGGCCUUCCUGUACCUCGCCGCCUUUCCUUUCAUGGACGCAAUGGCAUGGACCCAUGCUGGCAUUCUCUUAAAACACAAAUACAGUUUCCUGGUGGGAUGUGCCUCAAUCUCAGAUGUCAUAGCUCAGGUUGUUUUUGUAGCCAUUUUGCUUCACAGUCACCUGGAAUGCCGGGAGCCCCUGCUCAUCCCGAUCCUCUCCUUGUACAUGGGCGCGCUUGUGCGCUGCACCACCCUGUGCCUGGGCUACUACAAGAACAUUCACGACAUCAUCCCUGACAGAAGUGGCCCGGAGCUGGGGGGAGAUGCAACAAUAAGAAAGAUGCUGAGCUUCUGGUGGCCUUUGGCUCUAAUUCUGGCCACACAGAGAAUCAGUCGGCCUAUUGUCAACCUCUUUGUUUCCCGGGACCUUGGUGGCAGUUCUGCAGCCACAGAGGCAGUGGCGAUUUUGACAGCCACAUACCCUGUGGGUCACAUGCCAUACGGCUGGUUGACGGAAAUCCGUGCUGUGUAUCCUGCUUUCGACAAGAAUAACCCCAGCAACAAACUGGUGAGCACGAGCAACACAGUCACAGCGGCCCACAUCAAGAAGUUCACCUUCGUCUGCAUGGCUCUGUCACUCACGCUCUGUUUCGUGAUGUUUUGGACACCCAACGUGUCUGAGAAAAUCUUGAUAGACAUCAUCGGAGUGGACUUUGCCUUUGCAGAACUCUGUGUUGUUCCUUUGAGGAUCUUCUCCUUCUUCCCAGUUCCAGUCACAGUGAGGGCGCAUCUCACCGGGUGGCUGAUGACACUGAAGAAAACCUUCGUCCUUGCCCCCAGCUCUGUGCUGCGGAUCAUCGUCCUCAUCGCCAGCCUCGUGGUCCUACCCUACCUGGGGGUGCACGGUGCGACCCUGGGCGUGGGCUCCCUCCUGGCGGGCUUUGUGGGAGAAUCCACCAUGGUUGCCAUCGCUGCGUGCUAUGUCUACCGGAAGCAGAAAAAGAAGAUGGAGAAUGAGUCGGCCACAGAGGGGGAAGACUCUGCCAUGACAGACAUGCCUCCGACAGAGGAGGUGACAGACAUCGUGGAAAUGAGAGAGGAGAAUGAAUAAGGCACGGGACGCCAUGGGCACUGCAGGGACAGUCAGGAUGACACUUCGGCAUCAUCUCUUCCCUCUCCCAUCGUAUUUUGUUCCUUUUCUUUGUUUUGGUAAUGAAAGAGGCCUUGAUUUAAAGGUUUCGUGUCAAUUCUCUAGCAUACUGGGUAUGCUCACACUGACGGGGGGACCUAGUGAAUGGUCUUUACUGUUGCUAUGUAAAAACAAACGAAACAACUGACUUCAUACCCCUGCCUCACGAAAACCCAAAAGACACAGCUGUCUCACGGUUGACGUUGUGUCCUCCUCCCCUGGACAAUCUCCUCUUGGAACCAAAGGACUGCAGCUGUGCCAUCGCCUCUCGGUCACCCUGCACAGCAGGCCACAGACUCUCCUGUCCCCCUUCAUCGCUCUUAAGAAUCAACAGGUUAAAACUCGGCUUCCUUUGAUUUGCUUCCCAGUCAUACGGCCGUACAAAGAGACGGAGCCCCGGUGGCCUCUUAAAUUUCCCUUCCGCCACGGAGUUCGAAACCAUCUACUCCACACAUGCAGGAGGCGGGCGGCACGCUGCAGCCCGGAGUCCCCGUUCACACUGAGGAACGGAGACCUGUGACCACAGCGGGCUGACAGAUGGACAGAAUCUCCCGUAGAAAGGUUUGGUUUGAAAUGCCCCGGGGGCAGCAAACUGACAUGGUUGAAUGAUGACAGCAUUUCACUCUGCGUUCUCCUAGAUCUGAGCAAGCUGUCAGUUCUCACCCCUACCCUGUAUAUACAUGAGCUAACUUUUUUAAGUUGUCACAAAAGCGCAUCUCCAGAUUCCAGACCCUGCCGCAUGACUUUUCCUGAAGGCUUGCUUUUCCCUCGCCUUUCCUGAAGGUCGCACUAGAGCGAGUCACAUGGAGCAUUCUAACUUUGCAUUUUAGUUUUUACAGUGAACUGAAGCUUUAAGUCUCAUCCAGCAUUCUAAUGCCAGGUUGCUGUAGGGUAACUUUUGAAGUAGAUAUAUUACCUGGUUCUGCUAUCCUUAGUCAUAACUCUGCGGUACAGGUAAUUGAGAAUGUACUACGGUACUUCCCUCCCACACCAUACGAUAAAGCAAGACAUUUUAUAACGAUACCAGAGUCACUAUGUGGUCCUCCCUGAAAUAACGCAUUCGAAAUCCAUGCAGUGCAGUAUAUUUUUCUAAGUUUUGGAAAGCAGGUUUUUUCCUUUAAAAAAAUUAUAGACAUGGUUCACUAAAUUGUUGAUUUAGUCAAAAUUCCUAGACUGAAAGAACCUAAACAAAAAAAUAUUUUAAAGAUAUAAAUAUAUGCUGUAUAUGUUAUGUAAUUUAUUUUAGGCUAUAAUACAUUUCCUAUUUUCGCAUUUUCAAUAAAAUGUCUCUAAUACAA